CAUUGCAACCGUGUUUGUUCUAUUAUCGGCUCCCCUCCCCCCGCAUUACCGACCCGUUGUCCCCACCUGACGUCGACAGCCCUCGCGGUUCUUUUUUUUUAUCCUGAUUCCCUCGUCACAACCGGCCCAGAGUCAACGGAGUCGCAGCCAUGGCUUCCACCAUGCAUGACCCAAGACUUCUGUACAGUAUUGACCACAUUCGCGCCUUUCACAUCCAGAACGGCGAGGAGUCGGAGCUCACUCCGUCGGGGCCGCAAACACUUUCUUUGUUGAUGGUCCCGACCAAGACCGCUAUCCCCGGAAGCUCGUUCCCCGUGUCCUCCCAGGAUGCACUCACAGAGGAAGACUUCUAUCUUCAUCUGAAUUUGCCACCGGAGCUGGAUUUGGCUCUCCCUGCAACCACCCAGAUUUUCCAUCAGCCGCCGAACAGCUACCUAAUCCCCCGUUGGGAUCUGGGUCCCGAUGCAGGAGCCUUUAUUCGCAUCCAGUUUCCCUCGAUCGGACAUGGACCUGGCAGAGUGACACAGGAGGAUAUCGACACCUUUGAGACGAUCCUCGCUCAAUGCACUGCAUUCCUCGACCGCGCACCUCCAGCCGGGGACCAUGCUCCUUACAACCCCUCGACGUAUGCACCCGGUGAGGGAUAUGUCUCUUCUGCCGCUUCUUCUGGGGGUGAUGCGCAUGGUAGAAUUGUUCUGGUUGAUGAGGAGGAUGGCAGUGUGGUGGGUGAGAUGGAGGGCUAUGACGUCGUGGAAAGACUGGACGUCAAACCUGGCUCGAAGAGGCCCGUGGAGAUUGAGCUUCCUUCCGAAGGCGAGGGCAACAAGGUCAAUGUCAGCAACGUGUCCGAGGAGUAUCUACGUAUGGCACGUCACCCGGCUUACCAGAAGUCGACCAUCGUCCAGACUUCCGCGAAGGCCUCACGUUUGAUUGUCACCGGGUCUACAUAUCUCGCCAACGCACUUACGAGUGGUGCCGACACCUUCACCAGGAAGACAAAGCCAAACCCGAAGCCGAUGACCUUCUCCGAGACCACUCACUCGCGCAUCCGCAAGGUUGGCACCUUUUCUGAGGGCGCCGCCGAUCUCUCGGCCAAAACUGUUGGCCAGGUUGGGAGAUAUGCCCAGAAUAUUGGGGCAUCGCUGGCCCGCCGGAACAACACGGAGCGACAAAGGGGUAUCGACAAGUAUGGCAACGAGUAUAAGCCCGGGAUACUGAAUAAGUCCUUGAUCGCGUUCUCGACUCUGGCGGACGGCAUUGAGCAGGGUGCCCGGCACGUCUUGACCUCUAGCUCAAACGCGGCCACCACUAUGGUUGGACACCGGUACGGCGAUCAGGCCGGGGCUGUGGCAUCCAACUUGACCGGCGGGGUUAAGAACGUUGGGCUGGUGUACAUCGAUGCCUCGGGUGUCAGCCGCAAGGCUUUCCUGAAGUCUGUCGCCCGGGGCAUGGUUGUUGGGCGCAUGCGUGACGGCAAGCAGGUGGUUGUUGGUACCGGCGAUGGCGGUGAACUCCCUGCUGAGGCGAGUGGCAGUCAGGCACAAGCCUCCUACGGAGGGAGAGCGCCGUCGCCUACUCCGACCCCGCCACCUGCGUACAGUGCCGCGGGGAACGCAUCCUGUGGGAGGGCUUCAAAGUCUGGGGCGAAGGGGUGAUGUGGUCGUCGAUUCGGUCCCUGUUUAUUCAUGUUGUAAUGCGGUGAUGAUCUUAUGAUUUGAGAUUUUCGGAUGCCUUGGGGGCAAUUCUAAUGCGGUUUCUAUGCUCACGCUGUUGGUAUCGUUGUGGUCUUAUAGUUGUCGUGGUCUGAUGUCACGGUC